UUUUCACCUACCCCUUUCCUUUUCCAUUCAUCAAACAUGCACCCCACUUUCCAAAAGAAAAAACAUAAUUCAUUAACCUUAAUUAACAGCAAAGACACUAACUCCCACUAUGUCAUUUCCUUAUUGUUAUCAAAAAACCAAACCAUUUUUCUCAUAUUCAUCAUAUCAUUUUGCCUUUCAUUUUUUGAGAAAUUAAGUGCUUUUUUAUCUCUUUCAAUUUCCAUGUGACAUUGUUGCAUAAUUGAUUAGGCAAAAAAAAUAAAAUGGUUAGAGAAAUAUACAAGAUUUCAAAGUCAAGAUCUUUCAAUUUUAGGAAGAUUUUUGAAGGAAGACAUGCACAUAAUCACCAUCAUCAUGAUGUAGUGUUAGAGAAAAAUGGACAUGGCAAAGAGAUGAAAUUUAGGAGUCAAUUAGGUGCAAAAUCAUCUUCAGCAUUAGAAUUACAACAAUUAACUAGUGUUUUUAAUAGGUCUGUUGAUUCCAUUUCGCGCUUCGCCAAGGAAGGAGAAAGAUCAAGAAACAUCCACAAGGAUAAACAAGGUUCAGAGAUGGAAAUGAUGAAAGAAAGGUUCGCGAAGCUACUUUUAGGAGAGGACAUGUCUGGUAGAGGACAGGGCGUUUCAUCGGCUCUAGCUUUAUCAAAUGCCAUUACUAAUCUUGCAGCUUCUGUUUUUGGAGAACAAAGGAAAUUGGAGCCAAUGUCUGAAGAGAGAAAAGCAAGAUGGAGAAAAGAAAUCAACUGGCUUUUAUCUGUAUCAGAUUACAUUGUUGAAUUUGUUCCUUCUCAACAAAAAUCUAAGGAUGGAACAAACAUUGAGGUAAUGGUGACACAACAAAGAAGAGAUUUGUUCAUGAACAUCCCAGCCUUGAAAAAGCUUGAUGCAAUGCUCAUUGAUUGCUUAGAAAAAUUUAAAGACGAGAACGAGUUCUGGUAUGUCUCAAAAGAUGCUGAUGAAUCCGAGAAAGGUGUCCAGAGAGAUGAUAAAUGGUGGCUACCUACAAUCAAGGUUCCACCAGAGGGUCUCUCAGAUACAUGUCGAAAAUGGCUUCAAUAUCAGAAAGAUUGUGUGAACCAAGUACAGAAAGCAUCUAUGGCUAUUAAUGCACAAAUACUCUCAGAAAUGGAAAUUCCUGAAAACUACAUUGAAUCUCUCCCUAAGAAUGGUAGAUCAAGUCUUGGUGAUUCAAUCUACAAGAGCAUCACAAUUGAGUUCUUUGAACCUGAACAAUUUCUUUUAACAAUGGAUUUGUCCACAGAACACAAAGUUCUUGAUCUUAAAAACAGAAUUGAGGCAUCUAUAGUAAUUUGGCAACGGAAAAUGCACCUUAAAGAUGGAAAAUCUACAUGGGGUUUAGCUGUGAGUGUGGAGAAAAGAGAGCUUUUUGAAGAAAGAGCAGAGGCUAUCUUACUCUUGUUAAAACAAAAAUUUCCUGGAAUCCCUCAAUCUUCUCUUGACAUUAGCAAAAUCGAACAUAACAACGAUAUAGGACAUUCUGUUCUGGAGAGCUAUUCAAGGGUGCUAGAAAGCCUAGCUAACACGGUUAUGUCACGCAUCGAAGAUGUCCUAUACGCCGACUCUCUAACACAAAAUCCAUCACUUGAAUUGGAAAAGUUGAACCUCUCAUCAGCUGAUUCCUCACCUCAAUUUCCACUAAGUGGUAUGUCAACUCCAAGGGAACUAGAGGCAGAGGUAUUAAGUUCUGCUGCACAAACACCGACUUUAUCUGAUUUCAUUGGUUGGAGUGAAGAGCUAGGAGACACAGGAAUGAAGAAGAAUCAUUCGACGGGUAACUUGGAGGCUUAUUUCAAAGGUGAAAAUGACUACAAUUGCAUAGGGAAACUAGCUUGUAUUACUCCCAAGAGAUUAUCCUACAUUGAAAAGAUUGGAAGUGGCCUAAGAAGUCCAACAUCUCGACAUUAAAAGCACUAGGCAACGACACUAGGAACGAAAAAAGAAACGAGAACAAUGUCAGGGUGGUAGGAGGAAUAGGAAGUAAACAAAAUCUAAAGUAGUUAAAAAGUUCACUCGUGUGUAAUACUCCGACCUUUUUUAAGGAGUUCGACGUUGUUAGUAUUCGAAGUAUGUGAGUGCUCUUCCUUCCAUUGUGGAUAGGGAAGUUCAAAAUGCAUGUUAUGUUUUGUAGCAUAAUCUCCCUUUAUAAUAAACAUAAUUUGCAAAAUCAAGAGUAAUAAUACAUAUCUUUAAACCUGGUAA